UUCUUCCUUCUCUCCUUGUAAUUUACAGGAAAACUGUUGCCUUUGCACUAAAGUGAAGGAUACAGAAUCUUCGAGUUUCACUUCACUUUGUUGCACCCCAAAACACAACUAAACCUUACUCAUCAAUCUUUUCCCACGAUUCUUCCAUUGCCCUUACUCUUUCUUCUUGUGGUCCUUUCAUUUCCCUCUCCCAAUCUUUGUUCAUACUUUGUUUUUGUUUGAUUUGAGGGAAGAUCAUCACUCUUCACACACAAGCAUAACCCAAAAUAAUGGAUUGGAAUAGCAACUUAAGAACCUUUCUUCCUCGACCUGAAACUUCUCUUGACUUCCUCUACAACUAUGACUACGACCAAUAUUCAGGUAUGCAGAUGAAACAUACAGGAUUGACAGAGAAAUCACUGAGUUUGAUUCCAGGAUUUGACAAAAACAACUAUGGGAGUCAGGAGAAGAAGAAGAGACUGACAACCGAUCAACUAGAUUCAUUGGAAAGGAGCUUCCAGGAGGAGAUUAAACUUGACCCUGAUAGGAAAAUGAAGCUGUCAAGUGAGCUUGGACUUCAGCCUCGACAAAUUGCCGUCUGGUUCCAAAAUAGGCGUGCUAGGUGGAAGGCCAAGCAGCUUGAGAUGCUUUAUGAUGCUCUUAAACAAGAGUUUGAUGCUGUCUCCAGAGAGAAACAGAAGCUCCAAGAAGAGGUGAUAAAAUUAAAAAGUCUGCUAAGGGAACAAGCCGCGAGGAAGCAAGUGUCCACAGCUGGUUACACUGAAAUGUCGGGUGAAGAAACAGUCGAAAGCACGUCACUUGCAAUGGGAAGCUCGAAUAAGCCAAUUAGAGGAGUAAAUCAACAACAAAAUGUUAAUAAUGCAGAACAAUGCAACUAUGUUUUCAAUGUUGUUGAGGAGUAUAAUAAUAAUCAGGCGGUAUCGUAUCCUUUCUGGGGUGUUUUAUCUUCUUAUCCAUAAGCGUUGGCUAGCUGCUAGCUGUUAUGGCACCUGUUAAAUUCGGUCUAAUUAUCUUCAUCGUUUAGAGUUAGUUUUGGUUAGAAAUUAAGUACGUACUCUUUUAUCAACUUAAUUAGAAUAUUAAUUUAGAGAUGAUGAUGACUAGUUUAUAUCUUCUGAGUGUGUUCAGUUCAAAAUUGUUGAGUCCUCAGGUGAUACAUGUACACUACUUUUAUGAAUAAUGAUCUUAUUGUUGUUGGUCUUAA